CUUUAUGUUAUUUUAGAUCCAAUGAAUUAUAAAUAUAAUUAGAUAAGUUGAUAGCACUUGAGAUAAAUCAAUGAAAUAUUGUUAACAGAAAACAAUUUAGGGGAUCAUUCUGCAUGGGGUGCACAGGUGCGAGAGAGUUUUGGUGGGUCGGUUUCCUGAACACUUGGAACUUAAUUUUUGAAGUGUUUAACGUCAAGGCAGCAUGAUAGAAGGAGAGUUGAUUGCCCUAGGGGUCGACAUUUUGCUGACUUACCUUUUUUAUGAAUUAUACAAAAGCAAUACACAAUCAGCAAAUAAGCUAAAGAAAGCACCUCAAUGUGAGCUGAACAAUGAAUUGGUCCAGAAACUUCAGGGUCAAGAAAGUCCACACCUUGCUUAUGCAUGUAUAGAAGGCACGGUGCAUGCUACAUCCACGCCUCUUCAAAGUCAUUACCGUACUGAGGAUCAAGGUGUUAUUCACAGAAUAAUAAAGUCUGAACAUAGGUCUAAGAAGUCUGGUGGUGGAUUUUGGGCAGAUGAUGUGAAGACAAUAAUUGAUCAUACCUAUGAUGUCCCAAUGUUCAUUAAAAAUCCUGAGAUUGCAAUGAGUCCAGAGAUGCUUGUAAUAUCACCACUGGAAGCCAACUACCUUCAAGAAAGCUUCUACACUACGUAUGAUAAGUUUGUGCCUAAUGAAUCUGGAGCUUUGUCUAAGCUCAUUGAUCGUUGGUGGGGUGACACUGUGAAAGGAUACCAAGAAACUGAACAAAUGUUAAAGAUUGGGACCCAUCUUCUUGGAGUGGGAGAAAUAUGUUUAGAAGAUGGCAAAUUGAAACUUAAACCACCCCGUGUACAAGGAGCUAAGUACAUUUUGUCAACUCUAGGUAAAAAUGAGAUCAUUAAACGACUUGAAAAAAGAGGAACCAUUUUUAAAGUGAUCACAGGAUUGUGUAGUGCAGUGGGACUAGCUCUUCUCAUUUUUUAUCUAAGAAAGAAAUACAAACAGUGGCUCGAAAGCCAGGAGUAUGAAGAAAUAAGGCGUGCCAGACAGACAUCUACAACCACAAGACAAAGGGAUAAUGGGGACGAUGAUGGUUCUGCUCCUGACAGUCAACUCUGUGUAGUUUGUCUUUCUAACCCUAGAGAGCUAGUGCUUCUAGAAUGUGGACACAUUUGUCUAUGCGCAGACUGUGCUGAACAACUGCCACGCCCGAGGAAGUGCCCAGUAUGCAGACAAACUAUUACAAGAAUUAUUCCUACAUUUAUUUCAUAGAUCUUGGCAUUUGUUGCACACAGCAGUUUUCUUUUAUUUAUUUAUUUUAUUAUUAUUAUUUUUUGAUACUUAAUUGAAUUCAUCUGGUGAGACUUUUGUCUUCUUUUAUUUAUUUAAUUUAUUUAAAGCUAAAAUCUUAGUUUCCAGUACAUUCUGUGACUUUAUCUCUCAGCAAGCCUUUGCCAUAUCUGUAUAUCCCUAAUACCUCUAAGGUGCAUAAAAUCUGUGCUGUUGUGCCUUGAACAUAACAUGCCCCUUUUAAGAUAUUGGUCAGUUUACGUCAAUCAGUAACUUAACUACCCAUACCACUUUACAUGCUUAUUCAUAUUUUAGGGUCUGUCCCUUCCCUGCUUUGGUCACUUGGUGGGUGUUUGUAAGAGGAGGGAUUGAUUCCCUAUGCAUGGCCUUUUCAGUUAUCUGCACUAAAAUCAGGAAAUUUGAACACUUCCUUGCUUCACAAUCCAGAAUAUUUUCCCUCACUUUAUGGGAUGUUAUUGAUUGUGGAAAAAAGAACCAUUUAUAUGUUGAACUGCUGACAAAAACUCACAAUCUCUCAGCUGAUUAAAUCUUUCAGAUGAUAAGAAUGCUUAAAUACACUGAUCAUUUUACAAAUGAAAGUCCUACUAACAGUCUUGACAUGGCUUCUUGUUCAGGUGCAAAUGUCAUCAGUGAUUGCAUAUAGGAGGUACACGUAUGUUAAAGUCAGUCUUUUGAUGAAGUGGACUUAUGAGUUGAAUUGAAACUGCUGCAAUGAAUGAAAGACAGAAGCUUUGCUUUUACGAUUUCUUGCAUUAUUACAAUUUAAGUUUAUCAUAUUUUUGGGUGUUUUGUACUAUGGCAAUGGCCUUAUUUUAUUUUUCCUCAUAAUCACUCACAACUCCAAUUUGAAUACAAGCAGUAAAUGGUUUUAAUUUUAUACAUGUAGAUCAAAAUUAAAAAAAAAAAUGGAUUCAUGAUGGCAAAGAUUAAUGUAUAAUGUCUGCUACUCAGAUAUGUUAAUUAAACAUGUUUAACAUGCAUGCAAUAUUGUUUUUAUUUUAAGCCUGAUCAUU